AUGAUCGCUUUGGAGCCGGAGCAGCCGAGAGCGGCGGAGGAGCGGGCCCCGAGGACGGAGCCGUCCGGCUCGCAGCGAACGCUGACGCGCUCCAGCGCCAUAAGUCAGAAGUCCGUGGACGUGACCGUCCACCCGGAGAGCUUCAACAACCCUCUGCACAGAUCGAAAUUGGCUCCCGUAAGAUCGGCGUCCGACUCCCAGUCGUCGGGAAAAAAGAUACUGAACCUGAGGAAGACCAAGAACUCGUCGAUAGAGUCGACGAUGAGUCUUCCGAAUCAGAAGUCGCUGGAGAAGAAGCACGCGCUCCGGCACCAGAAGUCGAUCGUGGCGCACUCCGACAUCGCGUUGAGCACGCAGCCCUCCAUGUCGGACGACAGGAAGGCGCUGCGGGAGGCUCUGUACCAGGGUAUCUUCCACAGGCACCGGCGGACGAUAUUCGCCGUCGGCUCCUUCCUCAGGAUGCUCAGAAGCAAAACGUCCAACUACGACUCCAUCAGAUCUGAGUCCGACGAGAUUUAG